CAACACCCACGUUGCAUCUUCGCAUUGCACUCUGUACAUUCCACCCUAUCCAUAUUUAGUCACCAGUACUGCUGGCCAUCUUUCCGGCAUGAGUAAAAUGUGGGAGGUCGAUCCGGAGACGCGGAGUAAGUUAUUAGAGAUCCAGAAGACGAAUGACAACAACAAGUGCGUCGAUUGCAAUGCGCCGAGUCCACAAUGGGCCUCGCCCAAACUGGGCAUCUUCAUGUGCCUCUCAUGUUCCGGUAUCCACCGCGGACUGGGUGUCCACAUUUCCUUCAUUCGUAGCAUAACCAUGGACGCAUUCAAGGGCGCUGAGCUUGCGCGCAUGGCUGCCGGUGGCAACAAACCUUUCCAGGAGUUUUUCAACGCACACGAGUCGAACACGAAGGAGAGUAGAACAUUUGAGUCCUCGAACAUACAAGAGCGCUACGAUUCAGAAGCCGGCGACGAGUGGAAGGAGAGGCUAAGCUGCAAGAUCGAAGACAGGGCGUUUGACAAAAGCAAUCUGCCCAAAAGGUUGCCGAAGAAGGAAAACCCCGCUGCUGGAGGCGCUGCUGGAGCGCUGAGCGGUCGCGCGAGCGUUGCUGGGAGUAGAAGCCAGACACCACUUGGCAAGACGCGCAGCAACGAUGCCGGCUUCCAGCGUUCAGGCUCGCCGGCUAUUGGCACGAAUGCCAUGUCUCCACAGAAGGCGAAGAACGAGGCAUACUUCUCGCGCAUGGGAGCCGAGAACGCCAACAGGAGUGAAGACCUGGCACCCAACCAGGGUGGAAAGUACGGGGGAUUUGGCAGCGAGCCAGACCACUGGAAGAACAACGACAACGAGCCAGGCGCACCACCGGAGAUUGCUGACUUCCAGAAAGACCCUGUCGCAGCCCUUACGAAAGGCUUCGGCUGGCUAGGCGCAAGCGUGAGCAAGGUGGGCAAGACUGGCUACGAGGGUUGGGUCAAGCCUGGCAUGCAAAAGCUCGCCGAAGCAGAUCUCGCCACCCAAGCACAGAAGACCGCCGGCUUGAUGGGUCAAACCAUUCAAGCAUCAGCGGCAAACGCCGGCACCGCAUUCAAUCGCUUUGUUGAGGGCGAAUCUUCGACCAACACACGCGGUGGUGUACAGCCAGCGAAGAAGGACUUUUGGGACGAAUUUGGCGCCGCACCCAAGGGCCCCAGCGGAGACAAGCAGGACUUCUGGGACGAGUUUGCAAGUGCUGGCGAGACAAGGUCCAACGCUACAUCUGGCUUGGGCCAGAAACCAAAACCAUCAGGCAUUGGCACAAGUGCUAUGAAGAAGAGUGGUAGCUCAGGGCCAGCAGCAGGCAAGAAGGAUGACAAGUGGGAAGACUGGUAGAUGCAGAAGGAUGCCCCAUUGACAAGGAGUUGGCGGCCACGGUGGAGUCAAGGCGUUGGCAGAGUACGUUUGUCUGCGCUACACAACAGUAAGGUGGGUCUCGAAUUGCUAUCCUGUUCAUCCUGCGCGUCGCUUCCACGCGGCAUCAGCUGUGUCAAUUCAGCACGUGUCUUGUUCUGGACACUCGCGAUUACACUACUGCACUUCCACGACAUUGCGAUACGAAGCGCCUGAAUAUAACACUCUCUUACAAUGGCUUCUGCUGAUCUAAAUAGACAUGAGGAAACCUGAGCCUAUUCGUCUCGAC